UUAAUGGGUAUAAAAAAUCACCUGGUUGAUCCUCAUGGGGUUCUUGACAAUUGGGGUGCGUCCUAUGCUGAACCAUGCAGCUGGACUAUGGUCACUUGCUCUCCUGAUGGUCUAGUUAUUGGCCUAGAAGCUCCAAGCCAGGAUUUGUCCGGUACUCUCGCGCCUUCCAUUGGGAACUUGACCAAUAUCCAGAUUGUGCUUCUACAGAACAACAAUAUAUCAGGAGAUAUACCAUUUGAGAUAGGGAGCCUUUCUAAGCUUCAAACUCUUGAUCUUUCCAACAAUACAUUCUCUGGACAAAUUCCCAGCACUCUUUCUCAUUUAAACAGCCUCCAAUACCUGAGGCUGGCUGAUAACAAUCUUUCUAGAGAAAUUCCUGCUUCCUUGGCUAAUUUGACACAGCUUAAUUUGAUGGACUUGUCCUUCAAUAAUUUGAGUGGUCAUGUGCCCAUAUGGCCUGCCAAAGUAUUCAAUAUUGUAGGAAACCCUUACAUUUGCAGCAAUGGAGCUGCGAAAGUUGGAUGUGCAGAUAUGGAUACAGGAUUAUUGCCCAGCAGCAGCAAGGCCAAACUGAAUUACCCAUCAAGGAUAUGCAAAUCUGGAAUUUUUUAUGUAAUAAUAGUAUAUUGGUUCUUCCACCAUUAACUUACUUUUAGGAUGUUCAUCCACAAGAAAUAACAUGAUUUAAUCAAGGUUUUGUUUGAUUGGCAUUUUCAUUACUA